UCAUGUGGUUUCUCUUGGAGAAAAAAGCAAAUGUUCUUGGCCAUUUUAAUCUGUGCUGUUUCUUCUUUCUUGGAUUAUGCUCCGUGCUGACUUUUGCUCCUUUCCCUCAUGCUUAUAGACCACUUCCUGCUGUCACUGAAACUGUGAGAUCAAUCCAGCUGCAUCUUUUCUGCCUGGAAUGUGAAUCACUUAUCUCAUGCUCCAAAGCCCUCUCUGACCCCAGACCCAGGCCUCUGUGUGUCCUUGUGUUUUUACUUUCACAUGAGAGAAUCGUGGCACUGGAGGUAUUAAGGGGUGUUAGAGAGACACGUACUCCCUAAAUAAUUCCUUAUCUGCCCCGAUAUUUGAUUGCUCUACUGCUCACCCAUGGCCACCCAGUCCUGAAUGUUCUUCCUUGGCCCUGGAGAAGUCACUGCUAACACAGAGACAGGGUGAUGACCUUCUAGCUCAGGGAUCAGGGAUUGGUGGAUGUAAGGCCUUGUCUGAUUCUGUCACUAAAUAGAUCUGUGACCCUUGGCCAUUUUCUUCUUUCUAGACUGCAGUUUUCUAACCUAAAAAACAAUAGUAUUUGGCACAGGAUAUAUUGCAGAUCUGAAUAAUUCUGUACACUUUUUAUAGUUAUGUGAUAAAUAGAACUGGAGGGAAUGCCCGUUUUUUCUUCCGUUCUCAAUAAUUUGGCGCAAUUUAGAAUUCUUUGGCUUUCACAUGACAGCUAUUACCAAGAGCUUCUGUUUUUUUCCAGGUCACUACAGCUCUGAACUUUGUGUCUACCUCUGUACACCACCACCUUAAAGGAGAGGGAGCUACAGGACGAGAUACUGAGGAGAAAAACAAAACAUUCAUUUGUGAAAUGGUUGGGGAAUAAUCCAAGGAAGAACCUAAUCAAUGUUGGAGUCAUCAGGGACCAUUUAUUCUGUAACCUGGGAGUCAAGUGAAGUUUGGAGGAGUGAGGUAUCUCCAAAUUAAGAAAGUUUCCAGGUGUUAGGAUUUUUGGCAGUUUCAGAUGAAGGUUAGUGGUAUAAGACUUAAGGAAUGUGUAAGGUCAGCCCUGAUUAAAUCCAGUGCCAAUAUUCAGAACUUGGGAAUGUGAGCUUGAUGGGAAGGGUUUUUAUUUAACAUUAAUUCCUGGGCAUCUGCUUAAACCUGGUUAUGUCAUUUGCUCCAGGUCAUAGAUAUACUAGGAUAUCAAAUUCUGGAAACUGGUUUCUGAACUUCUUGUCCAACACAUUUCCUACUGGACCAAACUAAUUUGCCUCCUCUGUGUUUGAGGUUCUUGCAGAAAUAUUAGUUACGCUGAAAAUCAUUUUUGACUGUUUACUGAGACCAAUGGGGGAAGAGUGAUGGUGCUGGUGCUGUUAGUGAGACCAUAGAUCUUGAGCUCCCAAUCUCCACAUCAACUGACUUUAACCUGCUUCCUUUCUUUCUAGUAGCCCUUCACGCUUCUAAGUGAGAUGAUCACCAUAAUUCUUUCCAAUAAUUCUCAUCACUUCCCACAUACUUUCUUCUUGGCUGGCAUCCCAGGACUGACUGCUGCCCACAUUUGGAUCUCACUUCCCUUUAGCUUUAUGUUCUUCCUGGCAGUGACUGGGAAUGGUGUCCUGCUUUUUCUCAUCCGGACAGAGCACAGCCUUCACCAGCCCAUGUUUUUCUUUCUUGCCAUGCUCUCCUUUGUUGACCUGGUUCUCUCCCUCUCUACUCUGCCCAAGAUGCUGGCCAUCUUCUGGUUUGGUGCUACAGCUAUCAGCUCCCACUCCUGUCUUUCCCAGAUGUUCUUCAUCCAUGCAUUCUCUGCUAUGGAGUCAGGAGUGCUGGUGGCCAUGGCCAUGGACCGCUUCGUGGCCAUCUGUAACCCACUACAUUAUGCAACCAUUCUUACCCCGGUUGUUGUUGCCAAGAUUGGAGGCCUGGUAGUGCUGCGAGGUGUGGGAUUGACCAUCUCCUUUCCAAGCUUGGCCCGUCGGCUGUCCUACUGUGGCUCUCACACGAUUGCCUAUACCUACUGUGAGCAUAUGGCAGUAGUGAAGCUGGCCUGUGGGGCCACCACUGUGGAUAACCUCUAUGCCUUUGCUGUGGCAAUCUUUCUUGGUGUGGGGGAUGUGGCCUUUAUCGCCUACUCUUAUGGGCAGAUUGUGAGGACCGUGAUUCAUUUUCCUUCACCUGAGGCAUGUGCUAAAGCUGGCAGCACAUGUACGGCUCAUGUCUGUGUCAUCCUCUUCUUCUAUGGACCAGGCUUUCUUUCUGUAGUCAUGCAGCGCUUUGGCUCACCCACAGCCUCUGCUGCUAAGGUCAUGCUUGCCAAUCUCUACUUGCUCUUUCCCCCUGCACUGGACCCCAUUGUCUAUGGGGUCAAGACCAAGCAGAUCCGGGAGCAGCUGCUUAAAAUGCUGAGGCCCAAGCAGAUUGACCCCACCUGAGUGCAAUUCUCAUGAACUGGACAUCAGGGGCCAACGGUGGUCUUCCCCUUUGGAGUGGGAGCCCCACAGCCUAGUUCAUUUACUUGGUGGGGACAUUCAAGAGAAAAAUGAAGUUUUCUUGAGUGUUUGAAAGUUGGGAAAUCUCUUCUGAGGUCUAUAUAGUGUUUAGAUAUUGGGAUGGAAGACAGGGGUAUCUCAAGAAAGUAAUUUUUUGGAUAUGUUUUUAUUCUAAGAGUUUGUGAUUUACUUGUGUUGAGAAGACAAAUGAAUCAAGGAAUUAAGAAAUAAUUAAGGUAUCUAUGGACCUGGAGCAAGUAACUUAGGAGAUUAGGGAGAGAUGAACUGGAUGCCUAUUUGUACAUAUGAGAACAUGGGCCACUUCCCACCAUGACACUGACACAGGCAGUCUGUGGGAGUGGAUAGGCCUUGGGUAAAAUUUUGGCAUCACGGAAAUAAAGGUGACAAACUAUGGAGAUUCUUUAGAGUUUCAGGUUCAUGAGAGAAACUUUUUAAAAAAUACUCAUGUUCCAUCUGAUUCUGGAAGUGCUUUAGUUCACGUGCUUUGAUUCUGUUUUUGAGAUGGAUGACCCUCUAUGACUCCUGUAGUAUCAUGUAUUUUUAAGCUCUGAGAAUAAUGAUAAUUGUUCUUUUAUUUCUUCAUUUUUAGUCUUAGGUGCAGAGCCUUGAGUUAAAGUUUAUUUCACACAAUAAUUAUUGUUCUAAUUCUUUAUUUUCUGUCUUGAUUCCUAAUUCUUUGGGCCAUUCUCGUCCAGUUCCUACUAUUGGCACUCACUUUAAUGUGUUUGUUGUAUGUUCCUAAGUAUAUAUGUAUCCUUGCAACAUAUGUAGUGUUGGUGGUAUGUUAUGUAAUAUACAUAAGUCUCCUUCUUUAGUUCCCCAAGUGUCCAUGCUUCCUCCAGCCAUGGGUAGUCUGGGCUCUUGUUAUUGGGAGUGCACCUCCCUGUCUUUUUCCUUGUUAUUCCUACUCAUCUUGAGCUUCAGUCUAAACCUCACCUCUUUGAAGAAGGUUUUAUAAGAUAUAUCAGGUCACUUUAUGAACUCAGAACUCCAUGUAUCUUUCUUUAAUUAUCCAUCAUAAUUAAAUAUAUGUAUAUUUAAUUAAAUAUAUACAUAUUAAUUAUAU